AUGGUACCCGUCCUCCGCCAAUCUGGUAUAAUUCCUGAUAAUCGUUUAACAGGCGGAUAUGAAAACGUACCGACUCGUGACAUUCAUAUGAACCAGGUCGGAUUUGAGCGGCAGUGGCUUUAUAUCCUAGACACAUAUAUUCGACCCGUGCAAGAGAUAGUUUUUGUCGGCUAUUACAAGCAGCCCCCUGAAGCAAUUAUGAACUUUGUCGUCCGCUACCACCCGGAUGAGCAGGCUUCCCUAAGACCUCACCAUGAUGCUUCCACUUAUACGGUAGACAUGGCUCUAAAUCAAGUUGGAGUUGAUUAUGAAGUAAGUUUUCAACUGAAAGACGGUAUAUGCGUUGACAUUUAUUCGCAGGGUGGUGGUGUCCGGUAUGUACGAUAUAACUGUUCCGUUGUCGAUACCAUACCUGGUUGGACGGUUUUGCACCCCGGCAGACUUACGCAUUUACACGAAGGCUUGCCGACCAAGAAGGGUGUCCGCUACAUACUGGUUUCUUUUGUUGAUCCUUGA